GGUGCCGGCGGUGCCGGCGCGGCGGGCGGGAGCGGAGCGCCCUCCUCCCGGCGGGGAUGUUCCGGCCGCCGGGGGCGCGCCGCCCGUGGGAAGCGCGCUCCUAACGCCACCUGGGCGUCGCACGGAGCGCUCGGCGCGGAGCGGGCGGGCUGGGGUCGCCGGCAGCCGGGCAGAGAUCUUUAUGGUAUGGCAAAGUCUUUCAUCAGCCGAUGGUAUAAUGGACUACCAGUUGGAUGAUAUACAGUCAUCUGAAACAUGAUAUAUACUUCUCCUCUUCCGUGUCCAUGUCUACAUGCUGACACAGUACCAGUUUUGUUUCCAAAAGAGGAGUUCACAGAAUUACAGUGUCUGUUCCAACUAGCUGCUCUGAUGAUCCUCACUGGACCAUGUAGACUAUGUCAGAGAGCCACAAUGAUCAUGCAAAAUAACAGUUCAUCCUCGCCUCUUUUUCCAAAUGUGAGCUCCUUCUGGAAGAGAGAUUCGCAUGGACUGGGACUCCUUGAUGAAGCAGCAUCACUCAUUGGCAGCUAUGAUUUCCCUCAGACCACAGAGAGUUUUCCUUUCUCCACUGUGGAAUCCACAAACAUGACCCUAAAUGCCACAAGCAAAGACCCUCUGGGUGGACACACUGUCUGGCAGGUAGUUUUGAUUGCUUUCCUCACUGGGAUUCUUGCACUGGUGACCAUCAUAGGAAACAUCUUAGUGAUUGUUGCAUUUAAGGUUAACAAGCAACUGAAAACAGUCAACAACUACUUCUUGUUGAGCCUCGCUUGUGCAGAUUUGAUCAUCGGUGUUCUUUCCAUGAAUCUUUAUACCACGUACAUCAUCAUGGACCACUGGGCUUUGGGAAGUUUGGCCUGUGAUCUUUGGCUCUCCAUUGACUAUGUCGCCAGUAACGCCUCUGUCAUGAACCUCCUUGUGAUAAGUUUUGACAGGUAUUUUUCCAUCACUAGGCCACUGACAUACAGAGCCAAACGAACAACUAAAAGGGCUGGGAUAAUGAUUGGCCUAGCAUGGAUCGUCUCUUUUGUUCUUUGGGCCCCUGCCAUCUUGUUUUGGCAGUAUUUUGUUGGGAAGAGGACUGUGCCUCCUGAUGAAUGUUUCAUCCAGUUCCUAAGUGAACCUAUCAUCACCUUUGGCACUGCCAUAGCUGCCUUCUACUUGCCGGUCACCAUCAUGAGCAUUUUGUACUGGAGGAUCUACAAGGAGACGGAGAAGCGCACCAAAGAGCUGGCAGGGCUGCAGGCGUCGGGCAGCGAGGCGGAGGCGGCGCGCUUCGUGCACCAGGCGGGCAGCGCCCGCAGCUGCAGCAGCUACGAGCUGCAGCGGCAGAGCGCCAAACGCUCCUCCCGCAAGAAAUACGGACGCUGCCACUUCUGGCUCUCCAUGAAGAGCUGGGAGCCCAGCACAGAUCAGGGGGACCAAGACCACAGCAGCAGUGACAGCUGGAACAACAACGAUGCUGCUGCCUCCCUUGAAAAUUCAGCCUCCUCUGACGAAGAAGACAUUGCUGCAGAGACCAGAGCCAUCUAUUCCAUCGUGCUGAAGCUUCCUGGUCACAGUGCUAUCCUCAAUUCCACAAAACUACCCUCCUCGGAAGAUUUGCAUGAGUCAGGGGAUGAACUGCAGAAAUCUGACACGGAAUCGAAGGAAAAGAAAGCUAAAAAAUUGCACCCUCCCAAAAGUGUUCAGGAUGGUGGAAAUUUCCAAAAGAGUUUUACUAAGCUGCCAAUUGAACCAGAGUCAGAAGAGACAACCACAGCUUCUGAUGGCAUCUCGUCUGUGACCAAGACAUCGACAGCCCUGCCCUUGUCCUUUAAGGAAGCAACACUGGCAAAAAAGUUUGCCUUGAAGACCAGAAGUCAGAUCACAAAACGAAAACGAAUGUCACUUAUCAAAGAAAAGAAAGCGGCACAGACGCUCAGUGCCAUUUUGUUUGCCUUCAUCAUUACCUGGACCCCGUAUAACAUCAUGGUUCUGGUGAACACCUUUUGCAACUGUAUCCCCAAAACUUUCUGGCACCUGGGGUAUUGGCUUUGCUACAUCAAUAGCACAGUGAACCCCAUGUGCUACGCACUGUGUAACAAAACAUUCAGAAACACUUUCAAGAUGCUGCUGCUGUGCCAGUGUGACAAGCGAAAACGGCGCAAACAGCAGUAUCAGCAAAGGCAGUCCGUCAUUUUUCAUAAGCGGAUCCCCAGGGAGGCUUCGUAGAAUCGUAUUUUUUAAACAAAAAAAAUAAUGAAGCAGGGAUGUGAUGGGAUGGGACAGGACGGGAUGGGAUGUGAUGAGAUAGGACAGAACAGGAUGGCAUGGGCAGGAUAGUGAGGGAUGGGACAGGAUGGGUUGGGGUGGGAAGGUGGUUCCAGGGUGCUGGUUCUAUGAUUUGAUCAUCAAGAGAUGAAAGCAGCUGCCAGGCUUAUUUAUCCUUUCAAUAAAUCCAGUUUAAUAUAAAAGUCAAUCCACGUUCAGCAAAAACUAAGAAACUUCAACAUUUUUACUAAGGAGUAAAAGAUUUAAUAAAGUUUUCCUACAAAUUUGUGAGAAGCUGUAUAGCAAUUAUAAACCCAUUACUGAUCUGCCCAGUUCUUUGAUUAUAAUCAGCUCUGGGAUCUCAGGUAAGCACAUCUAGCUAGCCCAACUCUUCUUUUUCCAAGGAAUCCAACAACUUUCAAUUCAAGUUACAUACAGAUGUAGCAAGCUAGUAAAACAGGAUUGUGAAAUUAUUUGAGACACUGUAUAGGUCGAAAAAUUGCCUCUUGUUGUCCUGGUAGAGCUUCCUGUCUACUUCUCUUCUGGUAUAUUGUUAAUUGUAUCCCUGAUUCCUGGUUUCUGAGUAUCUGAGAAUGUGUGCAGCUGAUGUUAUAUGUGUUUGAGUGUGUGUUUGUAUGCAUAGCAUGCAUUCACACCUCUGGAAUACACACAUAUCAGGAAAGAUUUGACCUAACGUUCCAGGUUUUACAGGGCUGCCCAUCGUGAUUACAUUUGACUGAAUUUUUUUUAAAUCUGAAAAUCAUUUUAUAAGUAUAUAGCUCAUUAUUUGGCACCUGAAAUUCAAGUUUAUCUCUGGAACCACAACAUGGUGUCCACAUUUCAAACUGAGAAAACCAAAACAUAGCCUGUGAGUUUGCAGAGUUUCAUAAUGAGGUACUUGCCCAGUAAAACCUUAUCCUUGAGCACAGUCUCUCCUCAAAGUGAUCCUGCCUCUUUAAAAGAUAGAAAGGAAGGGAGUGGAGGCUACAGUCAGGGAAGAGCAUGGAGCUGUCUCUGGGGCAUGGGACGAUGAGAGCCCAGGUCUGGGCUGCACGGUACCGGUGCUCAAAGGAGCUGCUCAGGAGCCGGGCAGGCACGACCAGCAGCAGCAGCCCUGUGUCCUGCUGGGGAGGCACACAGCUCCUGCAGCACCUUGUCCUGAGCUGCACCAUGGGGAUGCACCACCCUUCUCAGAGCCAGCUCAAAUCCUGCGUGCCGUCUCUGCACGGCUUCCCAUGAAAGCUCAAGUUGCAAUUCUCUGACAAAAGUUGGUGGAGCCUCGCUGCUUGCACUGUCUGUCCAGGUGAUCUUCAGAUAAAAAUGGUUUGUUUCAAAGAAAUGCUUAUUUUUGCACCUGAAGGAUGCUCAGUAAAAAGUGUUUGUUUUCCACAACCUGUUUUAAAAAUCAUCAGGAGAAGUGCACCUAUAUCCGUUUGACGCCAGGUUAUUCUGUGGUGUGAAAAAUGUGAUAUUGCCAAUUUGUAACCUGGCAAUUUUUGAUAAAGACAAUUUUAAAAGGGCUUUAAUAUUUAUAGUUUAGACAUGACCAGUAUUUCCUGGUAUUUGUGAUGUGGUCUGCACCAAACAUGAUUUAUAAAAGUCAGAGGUCCCCUGGGGAAAGGAUUGUACUUUAAACUGUUGCUCUAAAUCUGAUUUAGUUACAUGUUGAAAGAUUAUUUUGUAUUCUCCUUUGAACUGACCAAAACUUUUUUUUUUAUUGCUUAGACUCUUAUUUUGCUGAAAAUAAAACAAGUAUCUUGUUUUACAAAGGGGCAUCAGUGUUGUGAACACAGAACUGAUGUUAAAGCUGCUUUUGUAUUCAGUGUGAGAUGGUGUUUACAGAUGAUUUUGACAACAGUGGAAAUAUAUUAAAUGGUGUCUGUGUAUCUGAACUAUUUAAUUUUGUGUUAUGUUCAUAUGAAGAAAUAUUUAUACAUAUUUCACCGAAUGUUUUAUUUAAUGUUGAUAAAUAUUGCUCUUCAGUCUUCAGCUGUAGUGUCCUUUUAAAGUGAUUCAUAAAGGUCUGCUUGAGAAAUGAAUAGACUAUACCUAGUUUUCUUGUCAUUAAGACAAAUUCUCUUUUGUAUGAGUUGUUUAAAAUGUCUGCCCUAAAGUAAUCUCAUAAAUUAUAUUGAAACUCUACUGCAAGUACAAUUUUAGUACAAAAAAGAAAAAAGUUAAAGCUUCAUCUAUGUCACAAGUGUUUUGAACUGAAGAUACAAGAAUUGUUUUGCUAGUUUGCUAGCCACAUACAAAGGCACCCAUGUUGCAAAGAAAAUUAAUUACCUUUAUUUCUAGAAAAAAGCAUAUAUUUGAAAUAUAUUCAUUACUCAAGUUGACCUAAAAAUGUUUUAACAUUUAAAUAUAUAUCUAUAUCUAUAUAUAUUGCCAUAUUAUUAUAUUCUGAUAUCUAGAGUAGUGCUGUGCCCCUAAUACACAAAAUGUGAGAGCAUGUAAGGAAGCCAGAGUUCAUCGGGGGAUUUAUGGUAUAUUGGUAUUGAUUUUAAAAUGGCAAACUAUUAUUUUUAUUGAAGUUAAGCUUCCUUGAAAGCGUCUGUCACCACUGUUUACAUAAUAGGAAGAGUUAAAUCCUUGGAUUGUUUUAACAGAGAAAUAAACAACCUGUCUUUUGAUGUGUGAA